AUGGAGCAAUUGACAGUAGGACAACGGUAUAGACAAGCAAUCAAGGCGUAUAGUCAACUCACAAAUGCAACGCCAGUGAAUCAAUCUUCGCUUGUCACAUUAAUACAGGAAUUUCAGUUAAUCUCCAACCUAAUUCAUCAGCUUGGAUUAUUCACCGACAAUGAACAGUUGAGUGAAUUAAAUACAUCAUAUAUCACAUUUCUUAAUGUUGAUUAUUAUCUUGGUACUUUAAACGCAUUGGUAAUGGAAAAUCGGUCUACAAUAUUGAAAUUAAGUAAUAGUCAGCUUAUUCAGUUUUUGAAGCAGUUGAGCAACUACCAAAUCCUCGAUAAGAAUCAACAGAAUAAACUAGAUCUAUUUAAGAAAAGUCCAGAUAACGUAAUUAACAACCAUUCCAGUAUAAGUCGUGAAGAGAAAAUAUCCAACUAUAAAGCAGAGCGAGAAUUAUCUUCAAAGUUAGAAGUACUUGAUAGGUAUUACAACGAUGAUAAUGACGAAAUUGAACAUUUUGAUGAGGAGAUCGUGCGUCAAGUAUUCGUUGACCAGUUGAAAUUACACGCAUUAAAAGCAUAUAGUUUAAUUGUGUCCAACGCAUUAGAAUUGAAAGUAUUGGAGUCUAAACCAAACUAUGUUCCACCACCACCACCACCACCUGCUCAAGAUAAACGUGAACCUACACGAGAAAACGACUAUGGAUUCACAACCAAAUUGGAAACUUUACCUACUACAGCUACUUCUAUAUCUCAAUUGGUGUCUCGAUCAGGUAAAAUACUUCAACCAUUUACAAUUACAUCCGAAAGACAGCGUCUUAAGGAUAAGGUGUUUGGUACGGGACAAGUUUUACCUUCAAUGUCAGUGGAAGAAUAUCUUGACUAUGAAUUGUCUCAUGGUAAGUUAAUGAAGGAUGAAGUUAAAGAUAAACCCCAGGAUGAGGAUUAUGAGAGUGAAGAAGAUGACGAAGCUCAAUUGGAAAAAAGAAGAUGGGAUGAUUGGAAAGAUGAUAAUCCAAAGGGUGCUGGUAAUAUGGGUGGUAAUAUUGGAUAG